UACGUGGAAGGCAACAUGGUGCUUCUUGAAAAUGAUGCGUUUCUCAGCGAACUCACACGUUUAUUUCAGAAAGGCCGUUCAUCUGGGUCGGUUAUGCUGACGAUGAAAAGAUAUGAUGGCAGAACUAAACCAGAGCCCAGAAAAGGGAAGCUCCCUGAACCCAGCGAAUAUAAAUGUCUGAUCCGGGCAAACUUAGGAAACAAGAAAAUCACAACAGUGGUAAAUCCAAAAGACGUAAACAAAUUCCAUAUGGCUUAUACCAAUGUACUAAAGGGAAAUAUGGAUGGACUGAAGAAAAAAGACAAAAAGUCUGCAGCCAAGGGAAAGGCGAAGGCAACACAGUGACCUAAUAUAAAUUAUUCGCAAUUAGUCAGAAAAGUCAGACUCUUAACUCUUGUUUGUAUAAGGAAUCCCAGACUCAGAAAUACCCUGAUGAAAUGGUAGUUCCAGUUGGUUAUAUGAAAGGAUAGCCAGUUUUACCAACUGAUACAACCAGGAAAUCCUUAUGCGCUCCAGGUCAUCUUUCUGUGAGAGCGUGGGAUCAUUUGAUGACUUAAGUGGCUACACUAGUGUUAGGUGAGAAAAGCCAUGAGCAUGAAACUGACCAUUUAAGGGCUUUUGUAGUACAUUUAACACCACGUCAAUAUUAAAUAUAUUCACCAAAAAUAAUUUGAUGGCUUUGAAAGCAUAAUACAUGCAAGGAAAGCCCCAAAUAUGAUGGUCCAGAAUUGAAGUGAUUAUGUUUUGAACCCAGCAUUGACCUCUUCUCUGAAAGGAAUCAGAGAUCUUAAUUUAUGUAUAAGUCUGAGACAAGACAUAAUGGUCUGUUACACUGGUAAUAGUUUAAAAUGUGUGUAAGAGAAGAGCACAGAUAAAUGUUAUGAGAAAAUUGUUUAUUUGUGUAUAUGGAGUUUAAAUGAAUGUAAGAUGUUUAUAUGAAGUGCUAUAUGGUGUGUGAAUGAUUUAGAGAAAUUGGCGACAUACAUGUAGUAUGGGUUGUGAAUUUUCUCUUUUGUAUUUUGAUAAAUUGAUUUCUUGUUGAUUAUCCGUAUUAAAUAUCUUCUAUUCAUGAGUAGCUUUUCUUUGAACCUUUAUGUGAUUUUUGGGCAUCAUUUUUAUUUGAUAAGAGGUAUGUCUAUUACCCAGAUCUUCACUACCAGUCCACAAAAAUGUCUCCAUUACUUCCCAGUCUUAAAUGUACAGUACAUGUUUUUUAAUUUAAAAGAUUCGGAAAAGAGUUGGAAUAGAUGAUAGACAUUGGUUAGAGUCUUUCUUAACCAUAAGGAAAACACUGUCAUCAAGAUCAUACACUUUGGAAUUCAUGUUUAUAGAAUUGUAUCUUGACUAAAUCUCAAUUCCUCAAGCUAGCAAGGAAUUACAUUUUUUUUUCUUGACAGCAAUCUUUACAUAGAAUAAUUUCCUGGCCAUUUAAUUCCAAAACAGAAUUUUUUACUUUGGAAAUAGAUAUUAUAUUUGAACAUUAGAUACAUAAAAAGUUUUAUCUCAAUGAAAGAUUGCACUUUUUUGAAUUCUCAAGAAAUAUUUGUCUUCUGAAAUUUGUCAAUAGUGUGUUAAUGUAUAUAUUAACAUAGUUACUAUAUUGGAAAGUGAUGAUGAACGAACAUGUGUGCUUUAUCAAAGGCUGUUGGCAUAGCGGAAUAUUGUGAAGUUGUCAAUUUAUACAGCUACAUGAAGUGGUUAGUUUAACAGAUGAAUGGAUUAGUGAGACGCUGUCCAUUUAUACAGCUACAUGAAGUGGUUAGUUUAACAGAUGAAUAGAUUAGAGAGACGCUGUCCAUUUAUACAGCUACAUGAAGUGGUUAGUUUGACAGAUUAAUAGAUCAGAGGAACGCUGUCCAUUUAUACAGCUACGUAGAGUGAUAUAUUUGACAGAUGAAUGGGUGAGAGAGAUGCUGUCCAUAUACAGCUACAUUGAAUGAUGAAACAACUCUUUGUUUUAUUUAACCUUUUUGUAACAUGGUGAGAGAAACUUUAUGAUAAAAUAAAUAUAAUCAAAUUA